GUGUCACUUGCAAUAGAUUACGUUUACUGUUUCAGGAUUCGGUGAUUCGGUCUUUCGGUAUUUUCACAGGGUGGAUACAAAGUUACAGAACUUUUCUGGGCAGAUAUCAAUUUUACUACAACUCAAAAUGAAACCUCGCGGCGGUGGUGAUGAUUUUGAAGAGCCAGAGCAUACCAGAAAGCUUUUUAUAGGAGGCUUAGAUUACAGAACAACAGAUUCAUCAUUGAAGGAAUUUUAUGAGCAAUGGGGGGAGAUAGUUGAUGUGGUGGUGAUGAAGGAUCCCCAAACAAAGAGGUCUCGUGGGUUUGGUUUCAUCACAUACUCUCAUGCUCACAUGGUGGAUGAUGCACAGAAGAACAGGCCACAUAAAAUUGAUGGAAGAAUCGUGGAACCAAAGCGAGCAGUUCCCAGAGAGGAAAUUAACAGACCAGAUGCAAGUGCUACGGUAAAAAAGUUGUUUGUCGGUGGACUGAAGCAAGAUAUUGAGGAGGAGGAUUUAAAAGAGUACUUUAGUUCAUAUGGCAGCAUUCUGUCCGUAAUUCUUGUAACUGAGAAGGACACUGGCAAGAAAAGAGGCUUUGGAUUUGUUGAGUUUGACGAUUAUGACCCUGUAGAUAGAAUAUGCUUACAACAAAAUCACAAAGUUAAAGGGCACAGAAUAGACGUGAAAAAGGCGUUAUCAAAGUCGGAGAUUGGUGUGGGAGGUGGUGGGGGUGACCGGGGCAGUGGUGGUAGCCGGCGUGGGGGUCGCGGCGGUUGGGGCAACCGGCAAGGCAACCAGGAGUGGGGCAAUUCUGGAUACAACCAAGGCGGUUGGAACAACCAGUCAAAUCCGUGGGAAAACUCGGGUGGCAGUUGGAACCAGGGCUACGGGAACCAGGGUGGUGGUUGGAACCAAGGGGGCGACAACUUCGGCAGUGGAUACCAGCAGGAUUUUGGCGGUGGCCCCAUGCGGCCCAACUUCAACGCGCAGAGACAGCAGCCGUAUGGCGGUGGUGGUUACAACACAAGCGGUGGCGGUGCUAACUUCGGUAACGCGCCGACUGGCAAUCCACGCAGAUUUUAAACUACACAGUCUUGUAUCAAGUUGCGCUUAGAUGAAACUAGGCAGGAGGUUAGUGUAGGCCAAACAACAUGGUGUCAGGGCCGAGAGGAUCUGCAAUUUUAGGCAGGUUAAGGUUUGUGCAUAAGUGAGGAUACUUUCACAGCACACAAAUCACAGUUUUUACAAGCUUCAAUUACACUGUCCAAUUAUUAUUUAAGUUUGACAUGAAGUCGAUCUUACGUUUUUUUUUCUCUGUAAGAACUGUGCAUACGUUCCUAGGUAGUAAGAUAUAUAAUACAGAUUCUAAUAUAAGAUAGUGUCCAUUUUUGACAUUCCAAACUGACUUAUUUCAAGAUAUUUAAACGUAUUUUUGUCUCUUUCGAUAUGGAAUUUAUUAAGUCAUCUUGAGAUAUUGUCUAUGGUAUGUGUUUUGAUGUUAGGUUAAUAUAUUAUAAGAAAAGUGGAUUCCUUUUAAAUACGAUUUAUUGUUACGCGGAUGUUUUAAAUUUUAUUUCACGUUAUAAUAAGAAAUUAUGUAGAUUAAGGAACUCUGAUUGUUUGGUGUUGUGUGCAUUAUUAAAAUAAAUAUAAAACUAUGUUCCAUGGACUCUUCUACGCGUGAGCCACCGAACGUGGAAAAGGCCAUGGUAAGUUAAUAUUUUGAUGGAAAUAAACGUACGCAAUAAA